UGCUGUCAUUUGGUUUGCCCCUCCCUGGUGUACAUGCAUGUGCCCACACUCACAAACACAUCACUCCCGUUCUGUUAAUCCAGCUGCAUCGUGCCUGUGUGCAUGGCUGUACCUUUUGUUGCAAACUGCUGAAUUCCUAAAGGAUGCCAGGAGAUGUUACCUUUUAGCGCACCAAUCCCCACACUCUUUUGAUUUAUAUCCAGUGGGGAAGCUCUGCUACAGAGGUGGGACUGAGCUGAAGGAUGAGGUCUCACCCAGGCACUGUGACAAUGCUGCUGCCUGCAGCUCUCUGCAUCAGCACUCUGGUUUCUGUGUGUUUGGGAGCUGCAAUUCCGAUUUCAUGUGAUUCCAUUUAUAAGAGGUUUGCUCAGUGUUUGCUCACACUUGGGGACAGUUUGGUGGAACCUCAAAAAGACCAAAGUACACAGGACAUUGAUUCAAUUUGCAGGUCCUGGAACUCGUUCCAUGUCUGUGCCAACUCAGCACUGGCUGCUUGUCCUGGAGAGGCUGCAGCUGUUUGGGAGUCUCUGAGACAGGAGUCCAUGAAGACCCAGUUUUCUGGAAACCUCUAUAACAUGUGCGCCAGUCGCACCACACUCACACCCAGCACUGUGCCUGCACCCCAAAGCCGUCUGACGUCUGACCAGACCAACCAAGAAACACUGAAAGGGCAGACAUCUGGGCACAGCCCUGCCCUCAGCACGCCGUACUUAGCACUGUGCAGCACCCUACCGCUUCUGCUCAGGAGCUAAAUGGCUCAUUUUAGUCUUUAAAUUAGUCAUCAUCAUGGUUCUGCAUCAGUUCUACAGCAUAGAUAUCAAACAGUUGACCAAAAUCAAAUGUUUGGUUCAAUGUCUGUUCAACAUCAUCAUCAAUUUACUGAUGAAUGUCUUAAUGC